GACCUCCGAUCGAGCAACUCAUCGAUUUCGUCUGGUGGCUGUUUUAUUUGCUGGUUUUACGCCAAGCAAAGUUGCUACAAGUUUAUUCUGAUAUCGCGAUAAAUUGACCAUCUUAUAAAUAUCUUCUCAAAACUGCGCAACUUGUAUAAAAAUUACAAAAAAUAAAAAGAAAUAUCAUUCGAAAUUAUUGAUUUGUAAAGAAAUGACUCCAACGAAAGUCUGAUGCACGAAGGGAGUGUUGCUUAAAAGGGUAAUGACGAAACCAAGGUACCGGUUAUAAACAAUAUGGCGGCCUACAUAGGGAUUUAGCAAAAUACCAAUAAAAUAACUGUUUAGGUCUACAGUGCGUUAAAAUGCAUUUGAAAUAUCCACAUUCGAAAAAGUUUCUCACUUGGGAAGAGUUGAGCUGCCUUACCAGUGCUCUAGGGUAUCCCAAUGGAACUCUUCGUAACUGUAUUCCUGAUGACCAUAUAAUCAGAAAGGAUGGAGUUAGCUAUCGGGAAAUAUUGAAGUUAAUUGAUCUCAAGUACUUCAAUGAAGCACUCCACCUUUCUGUCAACAUGCACACAGCGGAUUACAACAUCAAUGUCCUGAGGAAAAGCAUGAACCUCAUAAAUCAUAAGUUUCUUACUUUUGAUGAGCUGAGUGAUGUGAGAGUUGCCUUCCAAGUUUACGAAGCAGGAGACAUGAAAGGAAUGAUCAUAGAUAAACAUACACUUAUGAGAACUCUUAAGCUCUGUGGACGUACCAUAGCCCCGUUGAAACUGAUGCACAGGGUUAAACACAUGGAGGAGAGGUUGGAUGAGCCUGGUCGCAUCCAGUUCUAUGAAUUUCUUGACCUGAUCGUUCUGUGCUAUCUUUCCAAAGAUGUUGUUGUUCCUGAUCCUAGGGUAGGGCCGAUGGAGAAAACAUGGAGGAAACUAUUUGAGCUUGAUGAUUUUCAACGAGUUUUCUCGACCAGCGAUGAAAAGCUAGAAGACCAGCUCAACAGGGAGUUCAUUGGGACUGAGCGAAACUAUGGACAUGAGAUCCUUGGCAGCAAACGCAUUCCCCGGGAAUCAUCUGUUGAUCCGAGUCUCAGGAAAACUCAGGUGCGCUACCACUCGCGUCGUUACCAUGAACUCAAGUCUUCCCUCAAUAAAUCUACUGGUCAAGUCCAGAACACCAAGGCUGGCCACGUUAGAGCAAGACCGGUAUCGGCCCCAGGGAUCGACCAGUUCCGCGUGCCGGCCACACCCCCACCAAUCUUCGACACACGCCCACGUACUGUAGCAGAGUCGGACGCAGAUUCCAUUGAUCCAAGGAUUAGACUACUUCAAGAAAUUCAUGACAGAAAAACCCUGCACUCUGCACCAUCUAGCAUCCAAACUGCAGGUCUGAGGUUCAAACCUCCACCAAGCAUGCUUCCCUCGGCUUUCCCUGGUGGACCUGGUGGUGAUAAUGAGAAUGUGUUACCAUGGAAACAGAAGAAAAAGCAGCGAAAGCGGACGGAAAAGAUUGUUGUGACUGAGGAGAAUGUGAAAGAAAGGCAAAAUAUUCUUGACAGCCUGCAGUAUGAAAUAGAAACUCUGGAGGAACGGACCAUGCAAAGCCUCCAUUUCCAGCUGAAAGAACUCCUACCUCACCACACAUUUAAGAGUGCAGCCCUCAAGCGAAAAGAAGCUGAAGAAAUUGAGAAUGCAAGGCUGGCUAAGAUUGAAGAAGAGCGGAUGAGAAGACAGAAGAAAAGAGAGGCCAAGAAGGCAGCUAUUGAUUCACUGGAGAAGUUGGUUCACCCAAAUCCUAGAGCUCUAAGCAUUCUCCAUGACCGUAACUGUGAUGCCCGCAACCAGGCCUUCGUGGGAACCCGACAAGACCGUCGAUUCCCACUAGCAAAGUCACCCGCGAAACCAUUGCUUACGCUCGAUGGUCAAAAGUUGGCGAAUGAGAGUGAAGUUUCCAUCCGGCUGGACAAGAAUACCCUGACCGGUGAUAAUAUGAGCUCGGCAGGUAGUAUGGAAGAUACAGCAAGCAGUAUAGCGCAGACUACAGAUAUAGUACACCAUGCUGGGUUGCUACGUCAGAUUAGGAAUACCAGUCAGACGCCCUACGAUCCAACAAAGUUCCGGGAGUCCAGGAUGGGUACCGUUGCUCUCCUCCAUGACUACUUUCACAACAGUGAGACAGCUAGCGAGGGUAUCGACGAAGGCAUCGGAACAAUGCCUCCUAGCACCAACAAGCUGGAUAGCAGAGAGAACGAGUCCAAAGCAAAGAACAAAGACGCGGAAGCUCAGAAGGAGGAACCGGGGUCUGAUAAUCCCAGGAGAUCUAUCUCAGAGUCUGGUCCCCGCAAAAGUUCUGUGAACUCUGACGAAGGGAAGUCGAAAUCGCGGAAGCCAGUCAGUCGUAGGUUCCGCUCACCCGUGGCUCAGAAUGUGCAGUUUGAGCGUACCAAGUUGACGCGGAAGAUCCAGGUCGGGGAAGAAGAUGAGCUGUUCCUCCAUGGGUAUCCUCUGAGUGAGAUUGAUAGAUUGACCUUUAAGAGCGGUGAUGAACAGGUCAUGGGUUCUAACCUCCUCAGUGAUAGCCUCUCAGACUUGAACAGUAAGGAUGGAGAUUAACCCAUUGAUUACUGAAACCUGGUGGUCCCCGUUAAAAGCCUAUAGGAAUCACAGAAUCCAGUACUGGUAGUCAACAUGUUAACCCAUUGCCUCCUGGAACCAGGUGAUCCCUUUACAAAUCCUAUGGGAAUCACAUAAUUCAGUAGCCAACAGGUUAACCCAUUGCUUACUGGAACCAGGUGAUCCCUUUACAAAUCCUAUGGGAAUCACAGAAUUCAGUAGCCAACAUGUUAACCCAUUGCUUACUGGAACCAGGUGAUCCCUUUACAAAUCCUAUGGGAAUCACAGAAUUCAGUAGCCAACAUGUUAACCCAUUGCUUACUGGAACCAGGUGAUCCCUUUACAAAUCCUAUGGGAAUCACAUAAUUCAGUAGCCAACAGGUUAACCCAUUGCUUACUGGAACCAGGUGAUCCCUUUACAAAUCCUAUGGGAAUCACAGAAUUCAGUAGCCAACAGGUUAACCCAUUGCUUACUGGAACCAGGUGAUCCCUUUACAAAUCCUAUGGGAAUCACAUAAUUCAGUAGCCAACAGGUUAACACAUUGCCUACUGGAACCAGGUGAUACCUUUACAAAUCCUAUGGGAAUCACAGAAUUCAGUAGCCAACAGGUUAACCCAUUGCUUACUGGAACCAGGUGAUCCCUUUACAAAUCCUAUGGGAAUCACAGAAUUCAGUAGCCAACAUGUUAACCCAUUGCUUACUGGAACCAGGUGAUCCCUUUACAAAUCCUAUGGGAAUCACAUAAUUCAGUAGCCAACAGGUUAACACAUUGCCUACUGGAACCAGGUGAUACCUUUACAAAUCCUAUGGGAAUCACAUAAUUCAGUAGCCAACAGGUUAACCCAUUGCUUACUGGAACCAGGUGAUCCCUUUACAAAUCCUAUGGGAAUCACAGAAUUCAGUAGCCAACAGGUUAACCCAUUGCUUACUGGAACCAGGUGAUCCCUUUACAAAUCCUAUGAGAAUCACAUAAUUCAGUAGCCAACAGGUUAACCCAUUGCUUACUGGAACCAGGUGAUCCCUUUACAAAUCCUAUGGGAAUCACAUAAUUCAGUAGCCAACAGGUUAACCCAUUGCUUACUGGAACCAGGUGAUCCCUUUACAAAUCCUAUGGGAAUCACAGAAUUCAGUAGCCAACAUGUUAACCCAUUGCUUACUGGAACCAGGUGAUCCCUUUACAAAUCCUAUGGGAAUCACAGAAUUCAGUAGCCAACAUGUUAACCCAUUGCUUACUGGAACCAGGUGAUCCCUUUACAAAUCCUAUGGGAAUCACAGAAUUCAGUAGCCAACAUGUUAACCCAUUGCCUCCUGGAACCAGGUGAUCCCUUUACAAAUCCUAUGGGAAUCACAGAAUUCAGUAGCCAAUAUGUUAACCCAUUGCUUACUGGAACCAGGUGAUCCCUUUACAAAUCCUAUGAGAAUCACAUAAUUCAGUAGCCAACAGGUUAACCCAUUGCUUACUGGAACCAGGUGAUCCCUUUACAAAUCCUAUGGGAAUCACAGAAUUCAGUAGCCAACAUGUUAACCCAUUGCUUACUGGAACCAGGUGAUCCCUUUACAAAUCCUAUGGGAAUCACAUAAUUCAGUAGCCAACAGGUUAACCCAUUGCUUACUGGAACCAGGUGAUCCCUUUACAAAUCCUAUGGGAAUCACAGAAUUCAGUAGCCAACAUGUUAACCCAUUGCUUACUGGAACCAGGUGAUCCCUUUACAAAUCCUAUGGGAAUCACAGAAUUCAGUAGCCAACAUGUUAACCCAUUGCUUACUGGAACCAGGUGAUCCCUUUACAAAUCCUAUGGGAAUUACAGAAUUCAGUAGCCAACAGGUUAACACAUUGCCUACUGGAACCAGGUGAUACCUUUACAAAUCCUAUGGGAAUCACAGAAUUCAGUAGCCAACAGGUUAACCCAUUGCUUACUGGAACCAGGUGAUCCCUUUACAAAUCCUAUGGGAAUCACAGAAUUCAGUAGCCAACAUGUUAACCCAUUGCUUACUGGAACCAGGUGAUCCCUUUACAAAUCCUAUGGGAAUCACAGAAUUCAGUAGCCAACAUGUUAACCCAUUGCUUACUGGAACCAGGUGAUCCCUUUACAAAUCCUAUGGGAAUCACAGAAUUCAGUAGCCAACAGGUUAACCCAUUGCUUACUGGAACCAGGUGAUCCCUUUACAAAUCCUAUGGGAAUCACAGAAUUCAGUAGCCAACAUGUUAACCCAUUGCUUACUGGAACCAGGUGAUCCCUUUACAAAUCCUAUGGGAAUCACAGAAUUCAGUAGCCAACAUGUUAACCCAUUGCUUACUGGAACCAGGUGAUCCCUUUACAAAUCCUAUGGGAAUCACAGAAUUCAGUAGCCAACAUGUUAACCCAUUGCCUCCUGGAACCAGGUGAUCCCUUUACAAAUCCUAUGGGAAUAACAGAAUUCAGUAGCCAACAUGUUAACCCAUUGCUUACUGGAACCAGGUGAUCCCUUUACAAAUCCUAUGGGAAUCACAGAAUUCAGUAGCCAACAUGUUAACCCAUUGCCUCCUGGAACCAGGUGAUCCCUUUACAAAUCCUAUGGGAAUCACAGAAUUCAGUAGCCAACAUGUUAACCCAUUGCCUCCUGGAACCAGGUGAUCCCUUUACAAAUCCUAUGGGAAUCACAGAAUUCAGUAGCCAACAGGUUAACCCAUUGCUUACUGGAACCAGGUGAUCCCUUUACAAAUCCUAUGGGAAUCACAGAAUUCAGUAGCCAACAUGUUAACCCAUUGCUUACUGGAACCAGGUGAUCCCUUUACAAAUCCUAUGGGAAUCACAGAAUUCAGUAGCCAACAUGUUAACCCAUUGCUUACUGGAACCAGGUGAUCCCUUUACAAAUCCUAUGGGAAUCACAGAAUUCAGUAGCCAACAUGUUAACCCAUUGCCUCCUGGAACCAGGUGAUCCCUUUACAAAUCCUAUGGGAAUAACAGAAUUCAGUAGCCAACAGGUUAACCCAUUGCUUACUGGAACCAGGUGAUCCCUUUACAAAUCCUAUGGGAAUAACAGAAUUCAGUAGCCAACAUGUUAACCCAUUGCUUACUGGAACCAGGUGAUCCCUUUACAAAUCCUAUGGGAAUCACAGAAUUCAGUAGCCAACAUGUUAACCCAUUGCCUCCUGGAACCAGGUGAUCCCUUUACAAAUCCUAUGGGAAUAACAGAAUUCAGUAGCCAACAUGUUAACCCAUUGCUUACUGGAACCAGGUGAUCCCUUUACAAAUCCUAUGGGAAUCACAGAAUUCAGUAGCCAACAUGUUAACCCAUUGCCUCCUGGAACCAGGUGAUCCCUUUACAAAUCCUAUGGGAAUAACAGAAUUCAGUAGCCAACAUGUUAACCCAUUGCCUCCUGGAACCAGGUGAUCAGGCGCGUAGCCAGGGGGGGGGCGGUGGGGGCGGUCGCCCCCCCAAAAACGUCCCC